AUGGCGACUCCCAACAAUGUUACUCCCACCAACUGCAGCUGGUGGCCCAUUUCUGCUCUUGAAAAUGAUGCAGGAAAAUCCAAGGAAGCUGAAGAAAAUCCUGAAAUAUCUAGCCCCAACCUCAAAUCUAAAGACAGGGUUGUUCUGUAUCACUGGACACAGUCCUUCAGCUCCCAAAAGAUACGUUUAGUACUUGCGGAAAAAGGAUUACAAUGUGAUGAGCGGGAUGUCAGCUUGCCCCUUACAGAACAUAAAGAACCUUGGUUUAUGCGUCUCAACCUUGGAGAAGAAGUUCCAGUACUCAUCCAUGGGGACAACAUCAUAAGUGACUAUAAUCAAAUCAUUGACUAUGUUGAAAACAAUUUUGUAGGGGAACACAUUCCACUGUUGAUACCGGAGCGAGGAAGCCUUCUUUAUUCCAGGGUUCUUCAGUACCGAGACAUCUUGGACAACCUUCCAAUGGAUGCCUACACUCAUGGAUGUAUUUUACACCCGGAGCUUACAAUGGAUUCCAUGAUCCCAAAAUACGCCACAGCUGAGAUCCGCCGAAAUUUGGUAAAUGCCACCACAGAAUUGAUGAAGCUUGAUCAUGAAGAACCUCAACUAACAGAGCCAUAUCUUUCAAAACAAAAGAAGCUCAUGGGCAAAAUAUUGGAACAUGAUAAUGUGAACUUCUUGUUGAAAAUUCUGGUUGAACUAGGAAUGGUGUUAGAUCAAAUUGAGGCUGAGUUGGAAAAGCGAAAACUUGAAUAUGAAGGUCAAAAAUGUGAACUAUGGCUCUGUGGACACGUCUUCACCUUAGCUGACAUUCUUCUAGGAGCUACAUUACAUCGACUCAAGUUCUUAGGACUAUCAAAAAAAUACUUGGAAGAUGGAAGCAGACCAAACUUACAGUCAUUUUUUGAGAGAAUACAAAAGCGAUAUGCAUUCAGAAAAGUUUUGGGCGACAUCCACACCACACUUCUAUCAGCUGUUUUACCCAAUGCAUUUCGUCUUGUGAAACGAAAGCCACCAUCUUUCUUUGGGGCAUCAUUUCUCAUGGGAUCAUUGGGAGGAAUGGGAUAUUUUGCCUACUGGUACUUAAAGAAAAAAUAUAUCUAAUGAUGGCCAAUUGGUGUUAGUCUGGUGUCUCUGUGCUAUGUGGUAUUAUCAAGCCUAGUUACAGUACAUUAAAUCUAAACAAAGAUUACAUAAUACUAAUAUCCUUAAUGCUAAUGUAAACAUUCCAUAUUAGAUAUGUUAGAAAUGAUACUGCAACAAAAUUCUUCAAUUUGGAAAGGUUUUUUGUAGAUGAAAAGCUGAAUAAUUGUAAUGUUUAAAUUGUUGCUAAGAAAUAUAAAUGCAACAAACACACUGUGUUAAAAUAGGCCCCUCAUUUUUAAUUCCUUAUUAAUGUAAUUAGUAAAGUGGACUAAUUGUGUAAUUAGAACUUACCAAAUAUAAGCCAUUAUCUUUUUAAGCACUCUUCAUUUUCUGCCAUGGAUUCUCUAAAGAUUAUAAAGUAAGAGCACAGAUGAAUUCCUUAUUUCCUUACACAUAAUUCUAGAACCAGACGGAUUACAAUGGUUAUUAUUGCAUUUAUUUAACUGUUAUUAUUGCAUAAUGCAUUUUUUAUUAUUUACAUUAAAUUGAGUAUUUUUUAAUUGAGCUGUUUUUAGAAUGUACAAGACUUGUUUUUACCUUUUUGAUGCCUUCAAAACAGCUCCCAGUUUUCUCAAAGAUUGUGUUCAUUCGUUGCCUGAAAGUUCAUUUUCACUCAUGUAUUUCACUUUGUGAAGUAUUUAUAACUGUGACAAAGAAAAGGACACUGGGAUUUAUAAUCCUUCAUCAUAUGAAGUUGUUUGGCAUAUAUGUCUGUGCACAUGUUCAUAAAUAUUCACAGGGUUCAACACUUUCUUGUGCCUUUUGUAUGUCAGAAAGAGCAAAUUAAAUACUAACCAAGAAAGUAUUGCAGACAUUCAAUAAAAUUCUGGUGGGAAAAAUUAGAUCAUUUUUCCUUUUUCACUUUU